GCACGCGUCAAGUUCUUGGUUUCUUCUCUGAUUCUCUAAUGAGCCCAGGAGGCCUCCGACAUGCUUCAGAUUAACGUCGUACCAUACAAUCCCGAGUGGCCUGCCCACUUUGAGUUCAUUCGGGCUCAACUAGACGAUGCACUAGCCGAUUUCUUGCCAAAGGAGAAAUAUGAAAUCAUUCACGUCGGAUCGACCUCUAUCCCAGGUUUAGCAGCCAAGCCAAUCAUCGACCUGGACAUCGUUGUGGAUGCCGAGGACAUUAUGGAAGCCACCAUGGCCUUGACAGCCAAUGGGUACACAUACGCAUAUGAAGCGAAUGGGAUCGAUAGGAUGGUCUUUCGAUACGACAAACAUGCCUUGGACAGCGGUGCAUCUAAACCGACUGAAGAUGGGACACCCAGACGAGCUGUCUACCUCAACAAGCGGACAGGUGCUGCUUUGCUCAAUCACUUGAUCGUUCAGAGGACUUUGAUGAAUGACCCGGAGCUGAGGAAAGAAUAUGGAGAUGUCAAGCUGGAACUGGUCGGUGAACAUUCUUCGAUCGGCGCAUAUGGAGGAAAGAAGAAUCCUGUCCUGUCGAAGAUCCUGGAAAAAGGAGCGACGCCCGAGGAGCUGAGAUACAUUAGGUCAAAACCAAAGCGCAGGAUCGACGAGAAACUUCAGGCUGCUAGAAAGGCUAGGAUCGAAGCGGAUGAGAAGAGGGUUCUAGCGGAUGGGAAGGCCGAGGCUGGUCAGGCUGACGCAACUGCGAGCUGACAUCCGAGUCGUUAUCACAGGACAUUGCUUUUGCAUGGUAUCUGUUCAAGCGGAGCUGUCUGAUCUUGUGGCCAACUCUGCGCAGUCUCUCACAGGAAGACGAGAUGGUUGCCCAGCUGUACAGCACAUUUUGGGCCGAGGCAGUGGACAGUUCACCGGGCCGCAUAGCCGAGUUGUCAAACCUCGGUAUGUGGAUAAGCAGUUCACCGCCUGUGCCUGGGUCCCAGCUGCCCAGCAAAGUGCCCGUCUUUGCCACUUGUAGACAGAUACUGCAGUGUUUCGGCGUGUGGGGAAGAUGCAAUGACACUUGAGGCUUUGAGCGGUGCUUGACAACGC